GACUUCACACGCGCACGCGAAUAACACACUGUGAUAAAGUCCAAGUCAUGUGCUCGUGCGCUCUGUGGCAGGCGUCUCCUCCUUGGUGAACAGAAUCUGGAAAUCUGGAAAAGGAAAAUGGCUGAACAGCCCGUGUUUCUAAGUGACGACGUCGUUGCACGUUUUCUUAGUUACGACGAGUUGAUCCCGAAACUGGAAGAGGUUCUGGGUCAGUUUUCCCGAGGGGUCAGUUCAGAGGUGGUGCAGCCCGUGAGAUCUGUGAUGCCCAUACACAAUCACCACGGGUAUUUGGGGCUGAUGCCUGCAUAUAUUGCACAUGAGGACAUUUUGUGCACGAAGAUGGUGGCCUUCUACAGAAGGGAAGGAAACUUAAAUUUACCAUCAACUCAAGCCACUGUGUUGCUCUUUAACCCUGAAUAUGGCAAUGUCAGAGCGGUUAUGGAUGGUCUCGAUAUCACCCAUAAAAGGACAGCAGCUGUGUCAGCCAUUUCUGCUAAACUGCUGAUGCCAGCUCAGUCAGACGUCUUGUGCAUCCUCGGCUGCGGCCACCAGGCUGUCAGCCAUUACGAAAUCUUCACGCGGCUUUUUUCCUUUAAAGAGGUGCGUGUGUGCAGCCGGACACUGGAGACAGCUGAGCGGUUUGCAGCGAGGGUCCAGGGUCCCAUGAAAGUAUUUACUUCUGCCGAAGAGGCAGUGCAUGGAGCGGACCUCAUCAUUACAGUCACUAAUUCUAGUGAACCGGUGCUGUUUGGGGAGUGGGUUAAACCCGGUGCUCAUGUUGCAGCGGUCGGAGCUUGUCGGCCAGACUGGAGAGAACUCGACGACGUGCUGAUGAGAGACGCCGUGAUUUACGUGGACACCAGAGAGGGAGCUGCAGUGGAGUCAGGAGACAUCAUUCUGUCUGGAGCAGAGGUGUUUGCUGAAGUCGGGGAAGUUUUAAAUGGAACUCGGCCUGCCUUGCGCAACAAGACGACAGUGUUUAAGUCGCUGGGAAUGGGGAUACAAGAUGCAGUUGCUGCUAAGCUCGUGUUUGACAAGUGGAAGAGCAGCCAGUGAAGGACGUGAUGUGGAGAGUCACCAGCCGGCGUUUGGCACAAUUACAACAACUCUAAUUUAUAAAACAGAACACGAAGGCACAUGAAGUAAAUCUCUAUUUAACAGACAUAAUCAUGACAGUGGAAAGUGAUUUCAGAUGAACUAACUGAUUAACACUUGUUUUAUGAAAUCACUGAAGCAUGAAGACUCUCAUUCAGUUCUACAGAAUAUUGUUAAUACAUUGGAAGUGUAGCAGGAGUGCGGUAAAAAUAAAACAUCUGACAUGACUGAAACCUUGCAUGAGAAAAAUAAAUCAUCUGUUCUCAA